AUGACCUCGGCGGCGACUCAACAGUUUGUGUCGGGUUUAAAAUCCCGUCACGCGGAUGUUCGAUUAAAAACGGCUGAGGAGCUUUCGUUGUAUUUAAAAAGCGAGCUUCGAGAGGCCACCCAGGAGGAGAUCAACGCGUUUCUGGACGAGUUUAAUCAUCACAUCUUCGAGAUGGUAUCCGCAAACGAUCUUAACGAGAAAAAAGGAGGUAUCUUAGCAAUUUUAUGUUUAAUUGGAACGGACGUGGGGAAUAUCCCGAAUCGCGUGACAAGAUUCGCGAAUUAUUUGCGAAAUUUGCUCCCCUCAAGCGAUGUUAGUUUAUUACAAAUGGUCACUAAAUCAAUGGGGAUGAUUGCGUUAGUUUCUGGUUCAAAAGCUUCCGAAUACGUCGAUUUUGAGGUUAAACGCGCUUUCGAAUGGUUAGGGGGCGACCGCGUCGAAAGUAAAAGACACGCCGCCGUGUUAAUUUUAAGAGAAUUAGCUUUAACAAUGCCCACGUAUUUUUACCAACAAGUCAGCGGUUUUUUCGAAGCGAUUUUUAACGCAAUUCAAGAUCCGAAGCCUCAAAUUCGAGAGGCGGGCGUCGAGGCGCUUCGCGCGGCUCUAGUUGUAACCGCUCAAAGAGAAUCGGGGAAACAACGUUUGCAAUGGUACAAACAAUGUUAUGACGAAACGCAAAAGUUGUUAUCGACGGAAAAAGUCGAUAAAUUUCGCGACGAUAAGAUCCACGGGGCUUUGUUGGUUUUGAACGAAUUGGUGAGGGUUUCGAAUGCUAAAUGGGAAAGUAAAUAUAAAAGUUUGGUUGAGGUUGUUGAUAAAACAGAUACUGAUGAGAUUUUUAUCAAUUUUGGGAGACCCAAUUUUAAACCGUACCAAAAAUCGAUUCAUUAUCGGAAAAUCCCGAGUACGACGCAAUUUAUUACGGUGGAAUCCCCGAUUUGUCGCCAAUUAGUGACCGAUACUUAUUCGUAUAUUUGUUUGGAUGUGUUAGGGAUGAGAUUAUCGCGGUUGAGUUACACCCAACAAUCUUUAUUGGUGAUUUUACCACGCCUCGCAGCUUUUAAUCGCGAAUAUUUCGUCAAAGAACAUCUUGCCAACACGAUGAAUUAUUUGUUGAAUACGAUUCGUGGGCGCGAAAAGGAUCGGACGACUUCGUUUAUUGCGAUUGGCUUAAUUGGGGUUGCCGUGGAGGAUGAUAUCAAGCCGUUUAUCCCAAAAAUCAUGGAAGUCAUCACUGUGUCGUUACCGAAUCGCGAGGCCCCCAUGAAGAAGAGAUUAACAAUGGACGCGAGUGUUUUUAAAUGUAUCACGUUUUUAGCCCACGCUGUUAAAAGUUAUAUCACGAAAGAUAUUCAAAAUUUGUUGGAACAAAUGUUUGCGACUGGAUUAACGUCUUCGUUAACUUCGUGCUUAAAAGAUUUAGCACGAGAUGUCCCCGAUUUGAAAUCGCAGAUUAGUAUCGGGUUAUUAAGUAUGUUGUAUAAGAUUUUGAUGAGUAAGCCGUUGCGGCACCCGGGGAUGCCCCGACAUCUGCCUCAAACUGCGUCUUUAGACGUCCCAGAUACGAGUAGCAUCGUUUUGGCACUCCACACUUUAGGAACGUUUGAUUUUGAAGGCCACAGCUUGUUGCAGUUAGUGCAAAAAUGCGCUGAUGAUUUCAUCGUGCAUGAAAACCACGAAAUUCGCCUCGAAGCCGUUAAAACAUGCUCGAGGCUUUUAAAACAAAACAUUUAUAACCCCUCAGAAGAAUACUCCGACACCGUCAUGACAACAGUAGCCGAUGUUUUAAAUAAACUCCUCGUCGUUGGAAUAACCGAUACGGACUCGGAAGUACGAAGAGGGGUUUUAUACUCGCUCGAUACAACUUUCGACGAGCAUUUGGCCCAAGUUGAGUUUUUAAGUAUGUUAUUCGUGGCGUUACACGACGAAGUUUUCGAGAUACGCGAAGUUGCUUUGAUGACAAUCGGGAGGUUGAGUACAAAAAAUCCUUCGUAUAUUAUGCCCGCUUUAAGAAAAACGAUAGUGCAACUUUUAACUGAGUUGGAACAUUCUGGAACUGGGAGGAAUAAAGAGCAAGGUGCGCGAAUGUUGGACCAUUUAGUGGUGAACGCCCCGCGAUUAAUGCGGCCUUACAUCCAACCGAUUUUAAAAGUCUUAGUGCCGAAAUUAAAAGAAUCCGAACCGAAUCCGGGUGUUGUUUUAUCCGUUUUAGUUACAAUAGGGGAUCUUGCGAGUGUUACAGGAGGAGGGAUUGAGCUACAAGAAUGGACUAGCGAUUUAAUGACGAUUUUGUUGGAGAUGUUGGGGGAUUCCUCAGCCCCCGAAAAACGCGGCGCAACUUUGUGUACUUUAGGCCAAUUAGUUGGAGCAACCGGACAUGUAAUCCAACCAUAUACAGAAUACCCCGCUUUAUUAGACGUCUUAAUUAAUUUCUUAAAAACCGAGCAACACGCUUUUAUUCGCCGCGAAACGAUUCGCGUUCUCGGCUUAUUAGGGGCUUUGGAUCCGUAUCGACACAAAAUAAAUCGGGGCCAAAUCGAUUAUCAAUCGGAAGCUCCCGUUUUGAUAGCAUUAGCCGAUAAAAACGAUGAUACCAACGCCGAUUUAACAACGAGCGAGAUGUUGGUGAAUAUGUCUUCGUCGACUUUAGAGGAAUAUUAUUUAGCGAUGUCGAUCGCUACGUUAAUGAGAAUCAUAAAAGAUCCAACGUUAUCGCAACAUCACACAACAGUAGUUCAAGCCGUUAUCUUUAUAUUUAAAAGCUUAGGGAUUAAAUGCGUCCCAUAUAUUUCGCAAGUUCUCCCAAGCUUAUUAAACGUGGUAAGAACCGCCGAUGUUAACUUCAGAGAAUAUUUAUUCCAACAACUCGCCCAAUUAAUUUUAAUCGUAAAGCAACACAUUCGGAAUUACCUCGAUGAUAUUUGCGCGUUAAUCAAAGAAUUUUGGACUCCAAAUAGCACGAUUCAAGGGACUUUAAUUGUGUUAAUCGAGCAUAUUGCAAUCGCUUUGGGUUCUGAAUUUAGUGUGUAUCUCCCGAAAUUAAUGCCGCAAAUUUUGAGGGUUCUAAAUCAUGAUACAUCGAAAGAUAGGGUGGUUACGUUAAAAAUGUUGGAGGCUUUAAAGAAAUUUGGGAACAACGUCGACGAUUACAUGCAUUUGAUUAUACCCCAAAUCGUUAAAUUAUUCGACGCCCCCGAUUGCCCGACGGCAGUUUCAAAACAAGCUUUAGAAACGAUCGAUCAUCUCGCGGAUAAUUUAGACUUCUCCGAUUUUAUCUCAAGAAUUAUCCACCCUUUAAUACGAACGUUCGAUCAAAACCCCGAAUUACGUUCAGUUGCUAUUGAGACAUUAGUCAGCUUGGUUACCCAAUUAGGGCGAAAAUUCACCAUUUUUAUCCCCCUCGUCCAUAAAGUAAUGGCAAAACAUAAAAUACACUGCCCACGUUACGACAUGUUAAUAGCCCAACUACAAAGUGAUUCAACCUUAGCCGAUGACAGCGAUUUUAAAGUCCCAAUAAGACGGGCCAAAAAGCACCGAGAUUCCGGACUACCCUCAGACACCGCCAUGAUCCAACGCUUAAAAGUAAACGCGAAUAAUCUCCGAUUAGCUUGGACUAUUAACCGGAGAGUAUCUCGAGACGACUGGUUAGAAUGGCUCCGAACUUUAAGCAUCGAACUUUUAAAACAGUCCCCAAUCCCAGCUUUACGUUCCUGCCAAUCACUCGCUCAAACUUACUCCCAACUCCCAAAGGAUCUAUUUAACGCAUCCUUCGUAAGUUGUUGGACCGAAUUAUCAGAAGCGAUGCAAAAAGAAUUAAUAAACAAUUUAAGAGAUGCCCUCUUAGUUCCUGACAUCCCCGAGAUAACUCAAACGAUACUAAAUUUAGCCGAAUUUAUGGAACAUUGCGAUAAAGGUCCUUUGCCGUUAGAGCCGCAAUUAUUGGGUGAACGAGCGAUGGAUUGUCGGGCUUACGCGAAAGCACUUCAUUAUAAAGAGGAGGAAUUUCAACGUGGUGCAAAUAGCCAAGUUGUUGAGGCGUUAAUUUCGAUUAAUAAUAAGUUGCAACAAAAAGAAGCGGCCGAGGGGUUAUUGCAAUUUGUGAUGCAAAAAGGGGGUGAUAUGCCCAUUGAGGUGCGGUGGUACGAAAAGUUGCAUAAUUGGGAUAAAGCUCGGUUGUUGUAUGAAGAAAAAAUGAGUAAGGGUUAUGAUGAGGAAGCUCUUUUAGGGCAAAUGAGGUGUUUGGAAGCUUUGGGGGAAUGGGAGGAUUUGCAUAAUAUCGCGGAGGCUAAAUUUGAUGAGUUGUCGGGUGGGAAUCAAGAGAAAGCGGGGAGAUUAGCGGCUGCUUCAGCUUGGGGUAUUCAUCAUUGGACUUCUAUGGAGAAAUACGUUACAGUUAUUCCUAGGGAGACUCAAGAUGGAGCUUUUUAUCGCGCUAUUUUGGCAAUACAUGAAAAACAAUAUGAUGAAGCUCAAAAAUUUAUCGAUUCAGCCCGAGAUUUAUUAGACAACGAAUUAACAGCAAUGGCAAGCGAAUCUUAUCAAAGAGCUUACGGCGCGAUGAUUAUGGUGCAAAUGCUCGCGGAAUUAGAGGAAGUAAUCCAAUACAAAUUAGUACCAGAGCGUCGCGAAACGAUAAGAACGAUGUGGUGGCAACGCCUCCAAGCGGGACAAAGAAUCGUCGAAGAUUGGCAAAGAAUCAUCCAAAUUCACUCAUUAGUUUUAACCCCGCACGAAGACAUGCAUACUUGGUUAAAAUACGCUUCGUUAUGCCGCAAAAAUGGCUCAUUAAUGUUAUCCCAUAAAACGUUAGUCAUGCUUUUAAAUUAUAACCCUGAGGAUCACCCAGAUAUAGCCCUCCCUUACAACCUCCCAGAAGUCACUUUUGCUUACACAAAGCAUUUAUGGAUGGCGGAAAAGAAAAAGGAAGCUUAUCACCGUUUAGACGAAUUUUUAACGGUUUAUUCAAAACAAUACAGUUUUGGGGAAAACACGAAUAUGGACGAAUCGAAACGUUUAUUAGCGCGGUGUUAUUUAAAACUCGGAUCUUGGAUGCAAUCCAUACAGGGUAUCCAAGAACAAUCGAUUCCCGUCAUUUUAGAACGUUAUCAUAAAGCGACAGAACACGAUCCUUAUUGGUACAAAGCGUGGCAUUCUUGGGCUUAUAUGAAUUACGAAACUGUGUUAUUUUACAAACAAGAACACGAAUCUUCCAGAUCAAAUUUGAAACAAGAUCGCACGAUUAAUUUAAUUAAAUACACCGUAAACGCCGUUACAGGAUUUUUUAAAUCAAUUAAUUUAUCCAAAGGAAGCUCCCUACAAGAUACCCUCAGAUUAUUAACCCUUUGGUUCGAAUACGGGAAUUACCCCGAUGUUUAUCAAGCGAUUAGCGAUGGAUUAUUCGAAAUCGAAAAGAACACUUGGCUUCAAGUUAUCCCGCAAUUAAUCGCGAGAAUUGAUUCCCCCAGAGCUUUAGUAACCAGGUUAAUACACCAGUUAUUAAUCGUUAUUGGGAAAUCUCACCCGCAAGCUUUAAUUUAUCCAUUAACAGUGGCUACAAAGAGUCAAAGUAUAACGAGAAAAAAAGCUGCUGAUAAAAUUUUAGACGCGAUGGCCGAUUUAUGGCCUAAAUUGGUUAAUCAAGCCAAAAUGGUUUCUGACGAAUUAAUUAGAGUGGCGAUUUUAUGGCAUGAAAUGUGGCACGAAGGGCUUGAGGAAGCUUCGAGGUUAUUUUUUGGGGAAGACGACGUCGAAGGGAUGCUAAAAAUUUUAGAUCCUUUACACAAUAAAUUAGCGCGAGGCGCGCAAACUUUGAAAGAGAAAAGUUUUUGUCAAGCUUAUGGAAGAGAUUUGAACGAAGCUCAAGAAUGGUGCGAACAAUACAAGAAAACUAAAGAUCGCGGGUAUUUGAGUAACGCUUGGGAUUUGUAUUAUCACGUUUUUCGGAAAAUAACACGACAAUUACCUCAGUUAACUUCUUUGGAGCUUCAAUAUGUUUCGUUGAAUUUAUUGUUUUGUAAGGAUUUGGAAUUGGCGAUUCCUGGAAGUUAUUGUCCUGGACAAGAACCAGUUACCAUUGCGUUUAUUCAUCCUUCAUUAGAGGUCAUAACAUCAAAACAACGUCCAAGAAAACUAUUAAUUCGCGGUUCAAACGGUAAAGACUACAUGUUCCUUUUAAAAGGACACGAAGAUUUACGCCAAGACGAGCGAGUAAUGCAAAUAUUCGGCCUUGUAAAUACUUUAUUAUUAAAAGAUCCCGACACAGUCCGUUGCAACCUCACGAUACAACGUUACGCGGUGAUUCCAUUAAGUACGAAUUCCGGUUUAAUCGGGUGGGUACCACAUUGCGAUACAUUACACACCCUCAUCAAAGAUUAUCGCGAAAAGAAAAAGAUUUUAUUAAACAUCGAACAUCGAAUCAUGUUGAGAAUGGCACCCGAUUACGAUCAUUUAACCGUAAUACAAAAAGUCGAGGCUUUCGAACAAGCUCUCGAGCAUACUCACGGCGAUGAUUUAGCACGUUUAUUAUGGCUAAAAAGUCCAUCUUCGGAAGUGUGGUUUGAUCGAAGGACGAAUUGUACAAGAUCGUUAGCUGUUAUGUCAAUGGUCGGGUAUAUUUUGGGAUUGGGAGAUCGACAUCCAUCGAAUUUAAUGUUGGAUCGAUUAUCAGGAAAGAUUUUACACAUCGAUUUCGGGGAUUGCUUCGAAGUGGCGAUGACUAGGGAAAAGUUUUCCGAAAAAAUCCCCUUCCGAUUAACAAGAAUGUUAAUAAACGCGAUGGAAGUGACCGGAAUCGAAGGAACUUACCGAAGAACUUGUGAGAGCGUUAUGAGCGUUUUAAGAAGAAAUAAAGAUAGCGUUAUGGCCGUUUUGGAAGCUUUCGUUUAUGACCCACUUUUAAAUUGGAGAUUAGUCGAUACAGGGCGGUUAAAUAGAUCGAAUACUAACGAUGUUGGUUCGAUUUCAACCGGAUUUUCGCAAGAACAAGAUUUGGUUAAUUCGUUGAGUGUUAAUAUGAAUAAAAUUGGGUUAUCAUCGCCGGAGGCUAUGGUGGAUGGUUCUGAACCGGAAGUGGUUAAAAAUAAAAAAGCGGUUGCUAUCGUUAAUAGGGUUAAAGAUAAAUUAACCGGUAAUGAUUUUAGUAUUGAUGAAACUUUAACGAUUGAAAUGCAAGUUGAUAGAUUAAUACAGCAAGCUACUGAUAAUGAAAAUUUAUGUCAAUGUUAUAUUGGAGGGUGUCCGUUUUGGUAAAAAAUAAGCUUAAACGUUAGUUAUUAGAAUAAGACUUAUUAUAUAUGCUUUAAUAAUAAUAAUAAGAAGAAAAUUUUGUUUUAUUA